AUCAGCAAUACCAGUAAUCAGUGUCCCCAGUGGAGUCUUUCGUAAUGAAGUCACUGUGCUGCUGUGGGCGUCCUCGGUCUUGAAAAGAACUCAAACCACAGUUUCAGCUCAGCUGGGAGGGAGUGUGACUACAGCAGGACAAGUGAAGGCUCAAGUUCACACAAUGUCACACAUGUUUUAUCAGUAAGUUCUAACACAAGUGUUACACUGACUUUGAAAAACAACAUUUGUGGUGUUUGCUGAAACUGUUUGCUUCACAAUGAAUCUGUUCAGUAUUACUGCAAUGUCUGCUUAAUGUUCAGUUUGCAAAUUGUGCAAAGGUCCAAGUUGAAGCUGGUGAAACAACAACAGAAGGUGACAUCAUGUUAAACUCUACACAGGUUUCAUAUUUCACGCUUGCUGCCUACUUUGACACUGGACUGUUUAAAUAUUUAUGUUUCAUGAUUGUUAUGUUGUUAUAUGUUUUCAUUGUUUGCACCAAUUCUUUUCUCAUUGUGGUUAUCUGCAUGAACAGAAGCUUACAUGAACCUAUGUACAUUUUCCUGUGCAGCCUGUUUGUAAAUGAACUGUAUGGUAGUACAGGGUUGUUUCCAUUCCUGCUGGUUCAGAUCCUCUCUGACAUUCACACUGUUUCUGCUUCUGUUUGUUUCUUGCAGAUUUUCUGUUUGUAUUCGUAUACUUCUGUGGAAUUUUUCAAUUUAACUGUCAUGUCUUAUGACAGAUAUCUUGCUAUCUGUUGCCCUUUACAAUAUAACACACACAUGACAUCUAACAAGAUUACAAUACUUAUCUGUACAGUAUGGUUAUAUUCUUCUGGUAUAUGUUUUCUGACAAUAUCAAUGAGUGUCCCUCUGAAACUCUGUGGGAACAUCAUUAACAAAGUGUACUGUGACAACUACUCCAUCGUUAAACUGGCCUGCUCUGACACUAAAGCCAACAACGUCUAUGGACUCACUUCCACUUUCAUUUAUUUUUUAUGUCCCGUGUCUCUGAUCUUUUACAGUUAUAUGAGCAUUCUUAAAGUUUGUUUUUCUGGUUCUAAACAGACCAGACAAAAAGCUGUCAGUACCUGCACACCUCAUCUGGCUUCUCUGAUCAACUUUUUUUGUGGUUGUUUCUUUGAGAUAUUACAGAGCAGAUUUAAUAUGAACACUGUAUCCAACAUGUUGCGUGUUUUUUUGUCAUUAUACUGGCUUACAUGUCAGCCUCUCCUCAACCCUUUACUGUAUGGCCUGAAUCUGUCAAGUAUCCGUAACAUAUGUAAACAUAUAAUCUUUGCUUAA